UCGAAAUGCAUUGACGCCUGCCCACCGGACCCUCACUUUCUGCUCUGUUGUCGACGCUGAUAUGUUUCUGAAGCGGUCAUUUUGGACCAUGUAUUUACUUGCCAUUGUGAAAGCGGCUGCCAUGGACGUGCCGGGCAAGGCGGCUCCGAAUGCUGAUCGGAAUAUCGUGCUCAGCGGCACCAACUUCACUUGCCGAUGCUCCUUCCGCUUCGACCUUGAUCAGUCAACUAUCAAAGUUUACUGGUGGAGAGAUGGAAAUGCGACUUUUCUAAAGGAAGAUAGCAGAAAAUUGUUCAGUAUUAAGGCAGGAGGCGCCUACCUUCACCUCCUGAAUGUCACCGUCUCGGACGCUGGAACAUAUUAUUGUGCCAUAAAACAAGCGGGACGAACGAUCGAAAAGGGAUAUGGAGAGAAGGUUGUGGUAUACGCUGUCCCCUCUCCUCUGAAGAUUGUAUCUAUGCGAUCGGCAAAAUCUUCAUCUGCUUUCCUGACACUCCAAUGCAGAACGGCUGCUUUUUAUCCAAAAGAAUUUAACCUCACCUGGCAUAAAAAUGGUACCGAGGUCCAACAUGGAAUCAAACACGAACAGUACCUAACUGCAGGGGGUUUAUACGAAGUGAUCAGCUCGUUGGAAGAGUCACAGUCAGUCAGGGAAAACACAGUUUACACAUGUCAAGUUCACCAUAUUUCGACACCAGUUCCAGCAACUGCCAACUACACUGUUUCUAAAGCAGCCGUGGUCUCCGUUCUUGCCGUUGAUUGGAUCGUGCGUGGUUCCCUGGCUGCGCUCGUAUUUCAAGUAUGGGCUACUCUUAUUUAUUUUGCUUACAAGGUCUGACAUAUCCGAAGUUCCAGAUCAAUCGCUUUUUAACGGUUCAUCCGAACAAACAAUUUCAAGUGAAAGAAAGUAUCGGCCACACGGCAGGAAGCUCCCGAGGUGUCAAAGUGAUAAAAGGAUGGUGACAGACAACAUCUUACUGGAGCAGAGCGGCUUCAUAUACCAUUCAAAUGACAAUGUGUUCAAACAUCUGUUUCUCGUUUAAAUUCAGAUGGAAAAGCACAUGAAUUCAGCCGCCUUGCAGCUGAAGUAUAUUGACGCGUGGACGAAGAUACGGUUCCAGACUGAGAAUUUCACAGAUGCUAUGUUGUUUGUCUUCAGAGAGCUAUGGUACACGGGUUUAACAUUCGUAAAGAUGUCGGCAUUACUGUACUUAUAACGUGGAGCGGACGAGGUUGUUGCUCUGGUGAGGACUGUAAGUGCUUUUAUUCACACUGUUUAAUUCUCUGAUGA